AUGGCAAAUAAAGUUAAACUGGAAUCAAUAUAUAAUCAAUAUAAACCUAUUGAGUAUAGAUUUAACAAGACAAAGGAGGAUUACAUCAUCAUAUCUCCAACCGUUGAUUCUAAAUCCCAGAUAAACGAUGGAGAUAGGGUAACGUUUGAAAUCAAUUCUUUAUCCAAUUGGCUACUCCUGUCUGACGCUUAUUUCCGUUGUGAUAUUACGAUUAAAGAUGGAACUGCCCACCAAAACAGAAUCCCACAACAGAAUGUUACGUUAGAACACGAAUUACUUUUACUACCAGGCGAACACAACUUUAUUAUUAUCAAAUCAUUAAAAAUUUCUAAUAAAAUAGCAUACUCCCAAAACAUAUUUAGGCUCAGGAGACAUUCAAAAAUCUCUAAACUAAACUUCCAGGAUUUCCUUGGGCUAAAUAUUCGGGCUAAAAACAUCUCCCAGGGCAUAACUACACUGGCCCAGGAAUUAGAUUUACGAUUAGAUUCAAGCGAUAUUCCCAAACCAGGAGAAGAACCUAUUAACAGAAUAGACCAAGCAGCGCGAAAACACGAUGUUCUAUACAGACUUAGAAUCUAG